AUGCAGAGAAGAAGAGAAAGGGUGAAAGAAAGAGAGAGAAGAAGAGAGAAAGAGAGAGAAGAAGAGAGAAAGAGAGAGAAAAAGAGAGAAAGAGAGAAACAGAGAAAGAGAGAAAAAGAGAAAGAGAGAAAAAGAGAAAGUGAGAAAAAGAGAGAGAGAAAAAGAGAAAGAGAGAAAGAGAGAAAGAGAGAAAAAAAAGAGAUAAAGAGAGAUAGAGAGAAAGACAGAAAGGCAGAAAGACAGAAAGAGAGAAAGAGAGAAAGAGAGAAAGGAGAAAGGAGAAAG